AUGUCUAUUAAGUUGGUCUUUGGGGGAUUUACCUUGAACGCUUAUAGUGUGUAUGCGCCACAGGUGGGCUUGAGUGAGGAGGAGAAGAUCCGAUUUUGGGAGGACUUGGAUGAGGUGGUAAGAGGCAUGCCUAGCUCUGAGAAGAUUGUUAUAGCAGGGGAUUUUAAUGGGCAUAUCGGGACGUUACAGGGAGGCUUUAGCAAUGUGCAUGGUGGUUUUGGUUUUGGGGAGAGAAAUGAGGAGGGAGCUGCUCUGCUAGAUUUUGCGAGGUCCUUUGGGUUGGUGGUGGUGAAUUUGAGCUUUUCAAAGAAGGACGAUCUCCUGAUCACCUUUCAAAGUGCGAUAGCCAAGACCCAAAUUAACUUUUUGCUACUUAAAAAAGAGGAUAGGGUGUUGUGUAAGGACUGUAAUGUCAUUUCGAGUGAGAAUCUUUCAACCCAGCAUAGGCUAUUGGUCAUGGACUUAGGCAUAAAGAACGGUAAGUAG